GUAACUGAGCCCCCCAUUCAUGAGCGGGGUCCCUAGGUCUAUAGAUCCGACCCCGGUGUGCGAGGGCUGACCCUGUCCCUGUUGGGAGAUCCCCCCACGCCGACAGCGGGGGCCGGUGGCGGAGGCGCUCAGCCCUGGGCGCCCGGCGCGGGGCUCGCCACCGCCCUGGCCUCCCGCUCACCGCCCCCGUGUGCCCCUGCCCCGCAGAUGCCAGCUAUCGUGGUGCUCGCGGCCGCCGCCGCGGCGUGGUGCUUCCUCCAGGUCGAGAGCCGGCACCUGGACGCGCUCGCAGGAGGCGCGGGCCCCAACAACGGCAAUUUCCUGGACAAUGACCAGUGGCUGAGCACAGUCUCCCAGUACGACCGGGACAGGUACUGGAACCGCUUUCGAGACGAUGAUUAUUUCAGAAACUGGAAUCCCAACAAGCCUUUUGACCAAGCUCUGGACCCAUCCAAAGACCCCUGCCUAAAGGUGAAAUGCAGCCCUCACAAGGUGUGUGUGACCCAGGACUACCAGACUGCACUGUGUGUCAGCCGCAAGCACCUGCUCCCCAGGCAAAAGAAGGGGAAUGUAGCCCACAGACACUGGGUUGGACCUUCGAAUCUGGUCAAGUGCAAGCCCUGUCCCACGGCACAGUCAGCCAUGAUCUGCGGCUCCGACGGCCACACCUAUACGUCCAAGUGCAAGUUGGAGUUCCAUGCUUGUUCUACUGGCAAAAGUCUCACCACCCUCUGCGACGGGCCCUGUCCAUGUCUCCCGGAGCCCAAGCCACCAAAACACAAGGCAGAGAAGAACGCCUGCACGGACAAGGAGUUGAGGAACCUCGCUUCCCGGCUCAAAGACUGGUUUGGAGCCCUCCAUGAGGAUGCAAACAGGGUCGUCAAGCCCACCAGCUCCGACACAGCCCAAGGCAGGUUUGACACCAGCAUCCUUCCCAUCUGCAAGGACUCCCUGGGCUGGAUGUUCAACAAGUUGGACAUGAACUAUGACCUCCUGCUUGACCACUCAGAGAUCAACGCCAUCUACCUGGAUAAGUACGAGCCCUGUAUCAAGCCCCUCUUCAAUUCCUGUGACUCCUUCAAGGAUGGCAAGCUCUCUAACAAUGAGUGGUGCUACUGCUUCCAGAAGCCUGGAGGUCUCCCUUGCCAGAAUGAAAUGAACAGGAUUCAGAAGGUGAACAAGGGGAAAAGCCUGUUGGGAGCAUUCAUACCUCGGUGUAAUGAGGAGGGCUAUUACAAAGCCACACAGUGCCACGGCAGCACAGGGCAGUGCUGGUGUGUGGAUAAAUACGGGAACGAGCUAGCUGGCUCCAGGAAACAGGGUGCGGUGAGCUGUGAAGAGGAGCAGGAAACUUCAGGGGAUUUUGGCAGUGGCGGCUCUGUGGUCCUGCUGGAUGACCUAGAGGAUGAAUGGGAGCUGGGACCAAAGGACAAAGUGGGGAAGCUGCGGGUGCACGCCCGGGCAGCGACGGAGGAUGAUGAGGACGAGGGCGACGAGAAAGAGGACGAGGUCGGGUACAUAUGGUAGUUCCCACGAGGAGGAGGACACGAGGUUUGCACAACACUGCAAGUCACUUCCUGUUCCUGCAUUUGUAUCUAAGACUCCGCGGCACAUGGCCUCUUCUCCAUUGUUGCCCUCUCUACCCAACCUAAGGUUCGGAAGACAACUCCUUGUUCCCGGAGCGUUCUGAUUUUGCAUACGGCGUGUGGGAAAAAGGGUGUUGUGUUUUGUUUUUUAGACAGGGGAAGGCUGGCUGAAUUAGAGCCUCCUUCCCUCCCGUGAGAUUUUUGCAACAAGCAUGUGAUUUAUGUGGGAUUCUGACAGUGCAGGGAGCCCCUACCCUCAAACGUCAAAGACCCUUUGCGAUCACUGACACUGGUGGUUAGUACAGCAUGGUUCCCGGCCUUACCGUGUCUAAGUGCUUUUCUUGUGUCCUGUAGAUGUUGUG